UUUGUCUCUGAAAGUAAUCGCAGUAAACUCCGCUGAUUAUCCUUUUUUAGUAGCCCAUCAUCAUCAGUGCUGGGGAUAGAUGCUGUAGUGCAACUGUGGAAACUCGGAGCAGUUUUCGAGAUUCGGUUCGAAAAAAACAAAAUUGCAGUACUGUUCUAUAUGAGUAAUGAGUGUUUACUUCAAGGAGUGAACCGAACUAGCACUAUUCCACGAUGAAUCACGAUAGCACCGAACCACUUAUCGUGCCAACAAAUAAAAACAUCUCCGUAAAAACGAUUGCGUUAGAACCGACUUCGAGGAAGAAAAGCAAUGUGAUGGAAUACACCCCAACCAUGAUGUGCGGAAGGUAUACCCGUGAUCUUGGAAACUAUGCCAAAGAGGAAGCCCGGAAGUUGAAAGGUUUAGAAUGGCAGAGGAAAAGCAUGGAUCAACCAUGGAACAAAGAAUUGAAUGAUAUUCACUCAAAUGGAUGUUAUCAUGUGCUCGGUAAUCUAUGGCGAAAUACAUUCGGCCGAAUUGGAGACGAAUGGAUGUUGAUGGUGAUGCUAGGUCUGUCAACGGCUGUUAUAUCAUUCGGAAUGGAUAAAGGCAUCGGAUUUAUACACUCUAGUCGAGUGAAAGUUUUCAGAAUGGUUCCGGAUCACGGGUUUCUUCAGUAUGCCACCUGGGUGUCGAUGCCAGUCUUACUGAUAAUGUUUGGUUCUGCCUUUGUCCAAGCAGUAUCCCCGCAAGCCAUUGGUUCUGGUUUCACCGAAAUACGGGCAAUUCUGCGAGGAGUCACUAUCAAAGGCUACUUGUGCUUCAGCACCUUGGUAGCUAAAGUAGUGGGAUUAAUGGUAACCCUUGGAGCCGGAAUGCCACUGGGAAAAGAAGGUCCAUUCGUACACAUUUCCAGUAUUCUUUCGGAACUAUACAGCAAAAUGGUAUCCUCCAUUGGUUCCGGGCCGGACAGUGAGAGCCAUAAUAUAGAUUUGCUGGCAGCGGCCGCAGCCGUCGGAAUAGGCGCUUGCUUUGCGUCCCCCGUUGGCGGAGUUCUUUUCAGUAUCGAAGCGACCGCGUCGUAUUUCGCAGUGCGAAAUUACUGGCGUGGGUUUUUGGGGGCAGUGUUUGGGACGUUGUUAUAUCGCCUCUUAUUCGUUUGGUAUCACUCCGAGAGUACUAUCACCGCUCUCUACGAAACCAGCUUCUUGCAAGAUAUUCCGUUCUGUCCGCAGGAAUUGUUCGUAUUUGGAUUGUUUGGUGUGCUAUGUGGUAUUGCAGGUGCUCUUUUUGUGUGGAUUCUUAAAGUGUACAUCUUGUGGAUGAAAUCCACCCGGAUUCACAAAUAUUUAAAGAAAACGCGAUUGCUGUAUCCAGUUGUUAUUUCAUUCAUUAUUGCUACAUUGCAAUACCCGAACGGAUUGGGACGGUACACCGCAGGCGAAUUGAACAGUCAUGAACAUUUUCACCAUUUGUUCUCCAACUUCACUUGGAGUAAAUCCGAACUGAGCCCUAAGGAAGCGGAAAUAGUAUCCCAUUGGACAACCCCACAAACCAGUGCCAUCAUGCACAUAUUUAUCUUCCUGGUAUUUUCGUACCUGUUUAGCAUCAUCAGCUCUACUAUGCCCAUUCCCUGCGGGAUGUUUGUUCCGGUGUUUAAAAUCGGUGCUGCGUUGGGCCGUCUAGUGGGGGAAGCAAUGCACGUAUGGUUCCCAUCGGGUUUGCCGUAUGGUGCCGGCAUGUUGGCACCAAUAGUCCCCGGUGGAUAUGCCGUAGUUGGUGCAGCUGCUUUUGCUGGUGCCACCACCCACACGGUGUCUGUAUGCGCCAUAGUUUUUGAGAUUACCGGUCAAAUAAAAUAUAUGGGUCCUGUCAUUGUCGCUGCAUUGGUAGCCAAUAUUGUUGCCAGGAAACUGCAUCAAUCGAUGUACGACAUGCUGGCAGAUAUUAAGCAUUUGCCCAACUUACCGAAUAUUUCGCCUUCGUCUGAAUCUGAUAUGUACAACGUAUUUGUCCAAGAUUUUAUGAUCGGCGAUGUUUUAUACAUAUGGAAAGGAAUCACCUAUCGGGAGCUUGCCGUUAUGCUGGAAACUAGUAAAAAAAUCAGUUGUUUGCCACUCGUUAAAGACCCAGCUGAACCAAUUCUACUCGGAAGCAUAGAGCGUAUACAACUACUUCAGCUGAUGGAUAAAUGUGUGGGUAGAAUGGCACGGCAGGAAGAAGCAGCCAAACGGUGGCUAGAAGAGCAAGAGGAAAGAAAUCGAAGACCAUCUGUCUACGAAAUUUUCCCCAUUUCCAAUGAGACAACUGACAGUGUGGAUAGGAAAGAAAAUCAUUCAAAAACAUUCAACAAAAAUUCCACUCAAGAAUUGGACCAAGCGGCUAAAUCGCGUGGUAUCCGAAAACUAUUUAAAAAGAACCUCUCGGUUCCCGAAUCACAUGAUGAUCCGGAGGUUGGUGAAGUGUCAGAAAACAAAGUUUUCAUGACUCCAGAUCGUCAUUUCGAUUUUCUACCGGAAGCUCGAAAACUGUGGGUGGAACAAAAAAUGUCGAAACCAAUCGAUCUGCAUCUUCUACAGAUCGAUCCCGCUCCAGUACAGCUCGUUGAGAACACAACGAUUUUCAAGGUACAUCGGAUGUUCUCCAUUUUAACUAUAGACAUGGCGUACGUUACCAAUUUUGGUUGCUUGGUGGGAGUAGUUGGGCUGAAGGAACUUAAAGCGGCCGUUGAAGCCGUCAACAAAGGAUCACUAGCCAUGGAAGUUUUGAGGGAGAAACACGAAGAAAAUCUAUGUCUUAUGCAGCAAAGUAAGAAAUCAUCUUUUCUGGUGACGACCGGUAACGAAAAUCGCAGCAAGAAACCGAGUGUCAGUGGACUCACGGUAGAUUUACCGUUAGCCUAUGCGGAUGACGUGCAGAAUGAUGAAAAUUUCAAUGAGAAACAAAACAUUCACACUCGGAUAGGUUUUGCUAGCCAAUAGGAAUAGUGAAAUUUACGUUAAGCAAUCAG